AUGGCACACUCCGAAGCUCCGCUCUUCGUUGGAGUUAGGGCCCCGUAUCUGCUGCGGUUCCAGCAUGGCAGUGUUCGCAACUGCUUCGUCCAGCCCGCAGAUGGAUGUACUCAGAUGUCCAGAUGCCCCAGCGGAUUCAGCAACAGCAACAGGAAAAAACACGUCUACUGCAGUGUCCACUUGCGAGACGUGAUGACCCGUCUCACCCACAUUGGUCAAAACGACGUCGCUAUGCGAGUUGAUCUUAUCUUGCAGAGGCGUGAAUAUUUGUGA